UCAUUUCGGCCCAUCUGCAGACCCAACAGCGACCGCCAUCUGCGACCGUACAGAUGGUGGCGCUGCUAUAUACCGGCCGUCCCUGCCUUCCGUUCUCGUCCUCCGCCGGCAACUCUCGCCGACGGCGCUGCUUUCUCGGCGGUCCAACGAGCUCAGAAUCUCGUGUUCCAACCUUUUCCCACCCCAAACAAGGUUCUUAAUGCAGCCAUGUUGUACUGGCCAAUGCCAAAUGUAUUAUAUAUUGAAGGUUAUGCUCUUGACAGGUUUUCAGAAGAGGUGUGGGCACUAAAGCCGGUGCAUCAAAACAAGGUGGGAUUGGUUUGUGAUGCUGGAAUAGAGAAUGACCUUCGCAUCCAUCAUCUACUAGCGGUUGAUGCAAGAAAUGCUUCACUUGGUUUGCCUGUCAUUGAAUAUAUGGUCACUGAUACACCAUUACAAGUAUUAAUUAUCAUGCUACGUAAUUAGUAUUAGUGAAUCCAACUUGAACCAUUCAAUUGAUCUGGCCACUUAUUGAGAAGGGGUGAACUGAAAAAUGACACCUAUAGAAAUCAGUUUUUACAUAAUUUAUUAGAUGAUAAAUGCUCAUCUGUUGAAUGCUUACUUGCAUACUUGGUCAGAGACUCAACUGUGAACUACUGAGCCCAUGAUACUUUUCAAUUGAUAUCGGACUCAGAUAGGAGGGAUGUACAAUAUAUUUUGAAGUUUAUACAGAAGAA